AUGUCCCCGCUGCGGCUGACUCCGGCCGUCCGGCCCUCCUUGGCCCGAUGUCUGGUGACCGCCGCCGCCCGGCGCUGCUCGGCGCCUCCACCCGGCACUGCGAGGGAGUCAGCCGUGCCGCCGCCGCCGCCCACGGGUCGGGCGGAGCCGCCCCCGCCCCCGCCCGGCGCCGAGUCGGAGCUCAGGAGCCGGGUGCUGGAGGCCGCCAUGACUAUGGUGCCUGAGAUGGGAUGGAGCACCGAGGCGCUGGCAGCCGGUGCGGAGUCGCUCGGUCUCCCAGACGUGGCGCACGGCCUGUUCCCCCGCGGCGGUGCCGAGCUGGUGGACCACUUCUACACCGAGUGUAACGCCCGAGUGGCGGAGGAAAUGGCUGAGAAACGCGCCGCCGAACAGGACGCCGACCCCUCGUCCCGGCUCGGCACCCAGGCGUUCAUCCGGUGGGCGGUGGAGCGCCGGCUGCGACUGGUCACACCCUAUCUGGACCGCUGGCCCGAGGCGCUCGGCCUGCUGACACUGCCGGCCAACGUACCCGCGGCGCUCACCAACUUCGGCGCGCUACUGGAUGAUAUCUGGUACCACGCCGGGGACCGCUCUUCCGACUUUAACUGGUACACGAAGCGGGCCAUCCUGGCGGCCGUCUACAAGUCGACCGAGCUGCGCCUGCUGACCGACACCUCGGAGGAUUACGCUGAGACGUGGGCGUUCCUGGACCGGCGGCUGGCGGACGCCGUCUCGGCCGGCCGCUGUGUGAGGCAGAUCAGGGAGGCGGCGCCGCAGGCCGGGCACACGGCGAGCGUGAUGCUGAAUACGCUGGCCAACAUCGCCGGGCUAAACUCCCGGCGCUGA